AACCCUAACUUUUGCAAUCUCGAGUGAUUCAGCUGCAUCAGAGGUCUAGAGCCAAUCGUAGCAGAAUACACAAGGAAUCAGAGCUUCAAAUUCGACAUGGGAAAGGUUCACGGAUCGUUGGCUCGUGCCGGAAAAGUGCGAGGCCAAACCCCUAAGGUGGCCAAGCAAGACAAGAAGAAGCAGCCCCGUGGACGUGCUCACAAGCGCAUUCAAUACAACCGCCGUUUCGUCACCGCCGUUGUUGGUUUUGGAAAGAAGAGGGGGCCAAACUCAUCAGAGAAGUAAGCCGAUUGAUGCGCCUUUUGCUUAGUCCGAUGGAAAUUUUAGACCGUUAAUCAUGUUGACUUUGACCAUACUCGCUACUUUUCGUUGAACAAUGCUUAUAAGUUGUGAUGUUGGUUAACGUUUAAGUUUCAACUAAAGAUCAGUAUCGUGUUUUUGGGAAUUUUAUGGUCAUUUCAUUGCAAUCUACACGCCUUUCCGUCC